AUGAUCAGCAGCAGCAGCAGCAGCAGCAGCAGCAGCAACGGCAACAACAACAACCAGUCGCUCCUGGGUGUGGUGCUGUUCCUUGGAGGAGCCCUGGGCUACUGGUAUCACCAAAGCGAAGUAGCCAGAAUCUCCAAGCAGGCAGAAGAUCGCCGUCGCGAAGAACGCACCGGACGAAUUCGAGCCGAAGUCAAGUUGCGCACUCUGUCCAAGGAAAAAGAGGCUCUGGAAUGGCAGCUCACUACGACUGACAGUGCUACUGCUAGUACUAAUGGUGGUACUACUAAGAGUAGUGUGAACCACCCCAUGGUACUACGGUGUGUGGGCACCGUGGUGUCUCCCUACACGAAACGCAUGGGGACACCUCGUCAAGGCUCCUUGGUUCCCUCGUCGCGUGCCUUUAUUCAAAUCGACGGCAGUACGUUGCAAAUGGAAGCCUUGGAUGGAAUGGAAGACUACAGUCAUUUGUGGAUCCUCUUUGGAUUUCACGCCAAUACUACUAGCGCUACUACUAGUAACACCAAAAAGGCCAAAGUGAGACCUCCCCGCGCUCCACACAAAGUGGGACAAUUGGCCACUCGGUCUCCGCAUCGCCCCAAUCCCAUCGGAUUGUCACUCGUCAAAAUGGAACGACUCGACACGAAACUCAAACGAGUCCACAUUUCCGCACUCGAUCUCGUCCAUGGAACACCCGUCUAUGACAUCAAACCGGUCGUGCCCUGGGAUAUUCCGGGGCAUCAUCAUGACAACAAUCACAACAGCAGUAGUAACAAUGCACUACAAGUUCCCGACUGGGUGUCUCAAAAGGACGAAAUUCAUACCGUACAAUUCACACCACAAGCCGAAACCGCGUGGCAGACAUUACUCCAACAAGGCCGCAUGGCUCCCUUGUAUACACCCCAAAAUGAUAGUGACGCAGAAGCUUCUCGAGCGACUCUGGUGGAAAUUUUGGCACAGGAUCCUCGAUCGUCGCACAAGGGAUUAAAGGUCAAUCAGCGGGGAACUACCAACAAAAGCAGUCAAACGUAUUCGCUCAUUUUUUGUCAGACACAAGUCAACUUUGUCGUUCUCUCGUGGGGAGUUCAAGUCGAGUCGGUGACGGCUGUCGACUUUGAUGACGACGCCUAUGUCGAAGGCAUUCCGCUCAUAUUCGAACAGAAACAACAACCAGUACAAGCAGACUAGCAUUAUGUACGUACCGGAUUGUCCUGUAUGAUAGAUAGGGAAGGGGGUGGGGAUGUUGGCGUCCCAAUCAAUCAAUCAACCACUAAGAUUUAGGGGUACGGGAUCAGUUCAUAACUGCUGUUGACAUCAUCCUACUGUAGUACAAGCACGGUGCGGUGAGGAUAUGAGGUGUUGGUGUACACACAAAA